AGUUAGAAUUCUGUGAUACUGUUAAGAAUAAGGUUAGGUUUCGAUUUUGCUUAUUUGUUUUAGUUGAUCAACAAAGUCCGAUAUGUCUUCGGAUUCGGGGUCCGAUAACGAAUCAAAUAGAAGUUUAAGUCCUGUGAGAGGUCCGGCCCCAACGCCUGGUCAUGGUUUAGAGAGGUCACCCUCAAAUUCUCCAGCAUUUGGAAAAUCAAAUGACAUACGAUCAAGUAGAUCUCGAUCAGGAACUCCUGGGUCCCACCCCAGUGGCUCGCCAAAAUCACAAAGAUCAGGUUCUGGAGAUUCACACAGAUCAGGUUCUCAAGCAUCUAGAAGGUCAGGUUCACAAGCUUCCAAUAGAUCUGAAUCACAGGCAUCUAAUAGAUCCGGUUCCCAAGCAUCUCACAGAUCAGGAUCACAAGUAUCGCAAAGAUCAGGUUCGCAACUUUCCCAUACCUCGAAACGCUCAGGAUCCCAUAUUUCUAGAAGAUCAGGUUCUCCUAGCUCUAGAAGAUCAGCUUCACAAGCAUCUAAUAGGGAAGGAUCAGCUGUGUCUAACAGAAAUGAAUCAGCUGCAUCAAAUAGAGCUGAAUCAGCUGUUUCUCAUAGAUCCGGAUCAGCUGGCUCAAACAAAUCAGUAGCUUCCAAUAGGUCAGGCUCAGCCCAUUCAAAAAGAUCAGGCUCUAGUGGUUCUAAGAGGUCCGGUUCAGCAUCUCCUACCUCAAAAAGAUCAGGAUCUGCUGCUUCUAAUAAAUCUGAAGGUUUAGCUUCUAAAAAAUCUAGAUCAAGAUCAGGUUCCGCUGCAUCAAGAAGGUCUGGUUCUGCCGUUUCACAUAAAUCUGGAUCUCAUGUGUCUAGAUCACGUUCAGGUUCAGCAGCUUCUAAAAGAUCAAGAUCAGGUUCUGUAGGCUCUAAGAGGUCAAGAUCUGGUUCAGCAGCAUCUAAAAGGUCCAGAUCAGGCUCUGCUGCUUCUAAGCGAUCAAGAUCUGGUUCAGCAGCAUCCAAAAGGUCUAGAUCUGGAUCUGCAGGUUCUAAAAGAUCAAGAUCCGGUUCAGCAGCUUCUAAAAGAUCCAGGUCUGGUUCAGCAGGAUCGAAAAUAUCUGGAUCUAGAAGAUCAAGAUCAGGAUCAGCAGCUUCUAAGAAGAGCCAUAAAUCAAGAUCUAGGUCUCGUUCUGCAGGAUCGAAAAGAUCAGGAUCACCAGCAUCUAAAAAGAGCCAUAAAUCAAGAUCUAGGUCUCGUUCUGUAGGAUCGAAAAGAUCAGAGUCUGUUUCUAGAAGAUCGAGAUCAGGAUCAGCAGCAUCUAAAAAGAGUCACAAAUCAAGAUCUAGAUCCAGAUCCAGAUCAAAAUCAAAAGUUCGUAGUGGCUCAAAUAGUCCGAAUUUAUUAAUUGAUGAAGGCGAGGGUGGCGAAAAACGUGAGAGAGACAGUUCCGAAGAGAGAGUAGUAACUAAAAAACGGAAAGCGGUUGUUUCAGACAGUGAAGAUGAGGGAGGUGGCAAGGGUGAAACAGAAAAAGUUGACGCUGCCGACAUUUUUGGUGAUGCCGAUGAUAUAAGUCUUAGUAGUGAGGAUGAAAAGAGAGAUGAAAGAAUGGAUUCAGAUAGAGAAGAUGACAGAGAUGGAAGGAGAUCUAGAUCUGAUGAUGGUAGAAGAUCCAGAUCAGGUGACGAAGCAGAUCAAAGACCAACUAUUGCUGAUGACGAAGAUAAGGAAAAUGAGCCUGAAAUAAUACCAGAAACUAGAAUUGAUGUCGAAGUUCCAAAAAUAACCUGUGAUUUAGGUAGAGAUAUACAUUUUGUGAAACUGCCAAACUUUUUAUCUGUAGAAACACGUCCUUUUGAUCCCGAAACCUAUGAAGAUGAAAUUGAUGAAGAAGAAACGCUGGAUGAAGAAGGUAGAGCAAGGUUAAAACUAAAAGUAGAAAAUACCAUUAGAUGGAGAGAAUCAAUGGACGAUGAAGGAAAUAUGAAAAAAGAAUCAAACGCUAGAAUAGUAAGAUGGUCUGAUGGGUCUUACAGUUUACAUUUAGGAUCUGAAAUUUUCGAUGUAUAUAAACAACCAUUACAGGGAGAUCACAAUCACUUGUUUAUUCGUCAAGGUACAGGUUUACAAGGUCAAGCAGUAUUCCGAACAAAGUUGAGCUUUAGGCCGCAUUCAACUGAGAGUUUCACUCACAGAAAGAUGACUCUUUCUUUGGCUGAUAGAUCUACUAAAACAAGUGGUAUUAAAAUCAUGUCACAAGUUGGUGUGGAUCCUGAUUUGGACAAAGCAACGAGAAUAAAGAAAGAAGAAGAAAAACUGAGGCAAUCAGCAUCCAAACCAAAAACUACUAGAAAGAAGUCAGACAAAGCUUCUAGAGCACUUGAAAAUACUUUUGUUAGGGAGGAAGAUGGUAGUGAUGACGACGGGGCAAUUUCUCUUGCGGCCAUUAAAAGUAAAUACAAAGGUGGAAGUACUGCACCAAAAGGCGGAGCUAUUUAUUCAUCAGAUGAAGACGGAUCAGAUUUUGAAAACAGCAGAACUAAGAAAAAGGGUACAUCGGGCAAGGCUCUUAAAGAUUCUGACGAAGAAGAUAACGAUAAUGAUAAUGAAGAAGAUGAAGAUCAUGACAGUGGAAGUGACGACGACGAUGAAUAGAAUGUAUUUAGUUUUUGUGUAUUAUUUUAAUUAUGGUGUAAUAUACCUAAUUUAAUUUUAAUAAAACUUCUUAGUUUUC